AUGCCAGCCGAUCUCGCGAAGCGCACCCCGCAAGAAACCAUCCAGGCGGUCAACCAAGUGUCAGUCAGGAAGGGAGCAGUCGCAGCCCGAAGGCUCCCCAGCGGCGACACAAUCGUCACAUUCCAGAGCGCAGGGGCAAGAGACUGGUACUCGACGAACACCAACUGGGUCAGGGAGGCUUUUGGAGAGCAGGCCGAAGAGAGCAAGCGAACCUUUGCAGUGCAGCUGAAAGGCGUGUGGAAGACGAACCUCCAAGGGGGAGGCGACCCGGGCAACGGUGCUGGUCGCUUUAACCUCCCAGGAGGAAGCACACAAGGCGUGCGACGAGGGAGUGAUCUGGAGGGCUCAACUACUGGACUGCGAGCCUUACUGGGCCGCCCUCAGCCCAACGCAGUGCUACAAGUGCUGGAAGUGGGGGCACACGCAGCACUAUUGCAAGGCGACUCCAUUGUGCCCGCGUUGCGGGACCCAAAGCCCAUGGAGAGGGCGGCAGGGAAGGCGAGGCCCAGUGCCCUACUCACAAAAACGAAAUUCCGCUACGGUGCCCGGCCUGCGGAGGAAGACAUCCGGCGUGGUCAGGAGAGUGCCCGGGGGAAGUCGAAGGUCCUGGCGAAGGCCAAGGAGGCCUACCAAUUCCGACCACGGACAUACGAGACCGUAACCACGAUCACUGCCAUCGCGACUCACACGAGCGCCCCCACGUUCAGCUUCGGCGCUGAAGAGAGGGAGGACGACAGCUACCAGGUGGUAGGCAGGAAGAGGCUGAGAGGAAGACCGACGAAUGUGGCUGCAGCCCAACGUCAGGCUCUCUUGGACCCCCAGCAGACCAGGAUCAACUUCGAGGCGCCGGGGGUGCGAUUCGCAAGCCCGGUAGUCAGCGGUGUCGACACCACCGCCCUGCCGCCCCGAGCGCCCGAGCCGGCUACCGGACCAACGCCUACCGCCGCCGCCAACCCUGCGGUCACUGCCACUCCGAACCAACGCGACGCCGAGGGAGACACCACGAUGGACUCGAUCACCGUCGCAGGCGAUGAAAAUUAG